AUGGCUUACGCUCAGGGUUUCAACGCAAGCGGUCAAUUUCUGGAAGAGACUUCUGCAAUUGAACAGGGCAUUCACAAAGCUGUGAUUAAUAUUGAUCGUAUUCAAUCGCUGCAAUCUCAUAUUUUAGUUAGCACCUCAACUGAAAAAGAAGGUUCAUAUGGAGAGGAACGUGAGACACUCAUGACUGAAACAAAAAAUCUACUGCUUGAGCUUAAGGACCUAAUAAAAAAGAUCGAAUAUGAAAAUGCUCGACUGCCGAAAAAUGAUCCCAAUUUAGGUCUCCGCAAGCAUAAAUAUGAAAAUCUUCGUGAAAAGUUAUCCAACGCACUUGAUGAAUAUCGAAAUGUUGAAACUACUUACAUGAGACAACAAAAAGAACGGAUGGCUCGUCAAUAUCGGGUGGUUAAUCCUGAGGCAAGUCAGCAAGAAAUAGAUGAUUAUUUGGCUUCUGAUCAACCAGUAUUUCAACAAGCUGUAAUACGCUCUGAUGAAGCUAAAGCUGCAUUAGAUGAUUUGCAAAAACGACAUGGUGAUAUUAAGCAAAUUGAACAAACUAUUUCAGAGCUAUCUGUUCUUCUCCAUGAAAUGCAAUUACAAGUAGAAGCACAAGAUCCUGUACUUGUAUCUGUCGGAGGAGAUGUGAAUGAAACUUUGGUGAAAGCUGGAAAGGCGAACGAAGAAUUUAUUGAAGUUGCAAGAAGUGCCAGAAAGAAAAAAUGUAUUUUAUUUGGAGUCAUUAUUAUGACUGCUCUUAUUAUAAUUAUCGCGAUCAUAAUUAAAUUUUUCAGCAUGUAUAGUAAUAAUUCUGCUCCAAUGUCAUUUUUGUAA